GUCGGUACGCCGUGUAUUGGAUUUACAAUAUGCACCGAGAGCUUACGAUCGUGUUGUUCGUCACAAUUUUACUUAGGAAUUCCGCGGCGCGAAAAAGUGAAGAAAAAUGUAAGGAAUACGCCGAUCUGGUUUACGAAACGGAGAACUCGCCGACUUUACGUAUCAAUGCCGGCUCGAAUAAAGUCUCCCGCUGCGCCGUUGUCGAGACACCUCUAAUCAUCGGCGGAAUCCAAGCGAAACAUGCGGAAUUUCCGCAUAUGGCAGUGAUUGGUUAUGGCAAAGAUGUGUCCUGGCAAUGCGGAGGAAGCAUCAUCUCCGACAAUUUUAUUCUGACAGCGGCGCACUGUAUGGAAUCCCCGGACAAGGGUCCCGCAAGUAAAGUGCGAGUCGGCUUAAUUGAUCUGUUAAGUCCUGGCGAUGCUAUGCAGGAAAGGGACGUCGCGGAAAGAAUUAAAUAUCCGGAUUACAAAUUUUCGGCCACAUACCAUGAUAUAGCAUUGCUCAAGCUUACACAACCAUUUGACUUGAAUCCUCGAGUGAGACCCGCCUGCCUCGAAAUAGAAUCUCAGCUACCAGGAAAAAGUGCUAUCGCCUCUGGAUUUGGGAAAACAUCCUACGAAUCCAGUAUUGGUAGCAACGAAUUGAUGAAAGUCCAGUUGAACUACAUUUCCGAAGAUGAAUGUAAAAAGACUUACGCUGAGGAUAUUGGUACUCGGCGGCUACCCGAUGGUUUAAUAUCGAGCUUACUUUGCGCCGGCAUAAUGGAAGGCGGCAAAGACACUUGUCAGGGUGACAGUGGCGGUCCAUUGCAAAGAAUUCUUGCGGAACCUUAUUGCAUGUACAGCAUCGUUGGUGUGACAAGCUUCGGCAAGUUUUGUGCCUUUAAAUCAUCGCCCGCGAUAUAUACCAGAGUUAGUUCUUAUCUUGAUUGGAUUGAGAAUAUUGUUUGGCCGUAAAAAUCAUGUACAAAAGCGUAUCAAUAAACGGCGAUUCUCAAAUUUAAUUCCAACGAUUUCAAUAAAUAGUGAAGAAUAAUUAUAUAAAGUUAUCGAGGUAAAAUGAGAAUUGAAGAAUAGUUAGAAUAAAUAAUAACAGACAACAUCGUCAUAUUAUAAUCAUUACUAUAAUUUUUAUUGCAAAAGAGAUAAUAUUUAUUGGUAUAUUUACAAUGUGGUACCCAAAUGUAUGUAUAUACGUACGAUCCAGUGUAAUGAACAUAUGCAAAUUAUGUAUUUUUACUCAGGUAGUACAUCCUAAUUAAUAACAACCAACAAUGAUAAAAUGUAUACAAUAUAUAAUGACUAAUACGCUCUGUAAAAAUAGAAUAAUAUUCAACCCACACAAUUCGGAUAAAAGAUGGUAAAACAAUGCCGUAACAUUAACUUUAAUAGGUGUUAUAGUAAGUCUAGUAGGUAUAUAUUGGAAGAUACACACAUAAAAUUAUUAAAUAUUACAAGUGGCUAGUAAAAAUACGGAAAAGAGAACGAGGACUUAUAACACGAUAAAAAAAUCUACAGAGACGUGAUCUACUUAUUAGAAGAAAUAUCUCGGUAAUCGUCCAGUAAGAUAAGAGAUGCUUAAAAUUUCCAUCGAGAUGCAAUUAAAAUCCUUAAUGAGUACGUAUAUUAUUUACAUUAUGUACGUGAUUUAAGUUAUCAGUCUUACGGCUCUCGAAAGGAAAUAACGCGUAUAUAUGUACAUACACACGCUAGCGUGAGGUCUCGUUAUAUUGACUAACGACUGAUAUUCGACGAACAGACACGAACUCGAACUGGAGCAGCAGUACCGGUGCACAAACUGGCUUCUUCGCAACAGAACUACCAAUCAUUCUACGUUUUUCCGGUAGAUUUGUUCGCAGCUUCUUUUAAUUCGCUGCAUUGAAAGAUGAAGAGAAGAAAGAAACAAAGAAGAUAAAAGAACGAGAGGAGAAUCAAAGAAGAG